UUUUAAUUUGGGAAAAGUUAUUUUUCUUUGAAACUACUGUUUCAAAGAGUGCCACACAUUUUUCAUGCAAUUAUUUAACGUGCAAUUAGUUAUUAAUAUUCAGGAAGAAUAAAAUAUCUGAAAAAUGGCAUUAACUUCUAAUAUGGCAAAUAUUGAUAGACAUAACCCACAUAAAUCUACCUACCUCUGGAGUGCACACUACUUUCUAAGAGCAUAUAAAGAUCCUGAAACCAAAACGUUUGAGAACUGCUGAUUUUACACCCUGAGUCAGAAAUCAAGGGAUGGUGAGACAAAGAAUGAUUAGUAAGGAGGAGUGUUCAGGGCAAACUCCCAGCCCUGGGCGUGGCUCUCAGGCUCUAGAGCUGUGUCUGGGGUGUGGACAGGGAGCGCUGAGAAUCCCUGUCUCCAGGGAGUUUCACUUUUCUCCUCCCAACCUGGGCCAGGUCAUUCUGCCUGGGCACUCCUGACUGGUCCACAGUUCUCACUCCCAUGUCGUCUUCUCCUAAAGAAGCCAAUCUUUGUCACUGCGGUUUGAAUUUUAAAGUCCACAGCGACCUCCCCCCGCCCCCACUCCAAGUCGCAGAAUCUCCACAUUGCUGCAGGAUGAGGGUGCUGGCGCCCCUAAUGCUGCUCCUCCUGCUCUUGGGGGCCUUGGCCCUGAGGGACACUUGGGCGGGCUCCCACUCCCUGAGGUAUUUCGACACCUCCGUGUCCCGCCCCGGCGGGGAGCCCCGCUUCAUCUCCGUGGGCUACGUGGACGACACGCAGUUCGUGCGCUUCCACAGCUACACCGAGAAUCCCAGGAUGGAGCCCCGGGCGCCCUGGAUGGAGAAGGUGGGACCCAAGUAUUGGGAACGGGAGACACAGACCGCCAAGGACAAUGCACAGAGUGACCUAGUGAGCCUCAACAACCUGCCAGGCUACUACAACCAGAGCGCAGGCGGCUCUCACACCUACCAGAGGAUAUAUGGCUGCGACAUGGGGACAGAUGGGCGCCUCCUCCGCGGGUACAGUCAGUAUGCCUAUGAUGGCGCGGAUUACAUAGCCCUGAAUGAGGACCUGCACUCCUGGACCGCGGCAGACAAGGCGGCUCAGAUCACCCAGCGGAAGUGGGAAGUGGCUGGUGUUGCAGAGAGCUUAAGGGCCUACCUGGAAGGAGAUUGCUUGAAGUGUCUUGCAGGCUACCUGGAGAAAGGGAAGGAGUCGCUGCAGCGCGCGACCCCCCCGAAGACUCAUGUGACUCACCACCCUAUCCCUGAAGGGGAUGUCACUCUGAGAUGCUGGGCCCUGGGCUUCUACCCUAAGGAGAUCUCCCUGAACUGGCAGCGGGAUGGAGAGGACCAGACCCAGGACAUGGAACUUGUGGAGACCAGGCCUGCAGGGGAUGGAAACUUCCAGAAAUGGGCAGAUGUGGUGGUGCCUGCUGGAGAGGAGCAGAGAUACACCUGCCGUGUGCAUCAUAAGGGGCUGCCUGAGCCACUCACCCUGAGAUGGGAGCCACCCCCUCAGCCCACCAUCCCCAUCUUGGGAAUUGUUGCUGGUGUAAUUCUCCUUGGAGCUGUUGUCACUGGAGCUGUGGUCGCUUUUGUCUUUUGGAAGAAGAAAAACAGAGAAAGGAAGGGAGACACCUAUGCUCCAGCUGCCUGUAAUGACAGUUCCCAGGGCUCUGAUGUGUCUCUCACUGGUUAAAAAGGUGAGACCUUGGAGGGCCUUGAGGGAGAAGAGUUGAGGUAUGGGGAGACUCUGAGUUACAGGGACUGUCCCAGGAAUUUCUGAUAUUUUAAGUAUUUAAUGGGUUGUUCAGAGUGUCUUCAUUACAAUGACUUAUCUGAAUUUGUUCAUAAUACUUUCUUUUACAGUAUUUUCUUUCAACUGAGUAAUACAGGAUUUCUUCAGUUCUCUUCCUGCUCCCUGCUGCAGUUUCAAGAGGUCCCAACUUCUCUUUGUGCAGCUGGCAAUAAACUGUGUCUAUGUGUCUGUGUUCCUGUCAUCAGAUCAUGAGGAAAUGGAGACAGGCUCUCAUCUUUGAUCACCAAGACCCCUCCCUACACUGUCCUGUUGUCUUCCUCAAUUAACUUUCCUAUGUAGCAAAUACAGGGCUGGGAUGUCUUCAUUCCUGGUAGCUUUAUGUUGCCCUGGGCUGUAGCUUUUUCCUUGCCUUUUGGAAAAGAGAAUGUGUAUAUUGAUUUGUAUUUUACAUUUGUGCCAUGAAUUAUGGUUGUGGGUUAAUUACAUGAAAAGAGGAUUCCUCAAAUUUCUGAGAGAAAAUAAAACCCCAAACCUUCCAGAAUCCA